AGCAAUUUGGAGGAUUUUAAGUCACUCGGAUUAUUUGGUCACCUUUAUAGAAUAGGUAGGUGUUGUGCAUGUUUACAAACUUCGAUUUUUCUGACAAAUAAUUAACAAUACAAAUUGGUCAAGUAAUGACGUUUUGGUAGUAAUGUAGUAUUAAUGUAUCAGUACUGCAAUUCCAGAGGUGCCUAUCCCCCCGGGACACCCCCGGGGAAUUAGCCAUUCCUGGAAAGAAAAUGGCUAUGUCCCCACCCCAGGGAAAGAAGAACUGUGCUAAAGCCUCACCCCUGGGCAAACAAAUUGGGUUUCCCCCCGACCCCCAGGAUAAGGCGGGGAAAUUAACAUUUUGACAAUGUUAAAUUUUGGUACUUUUCCUGCUACCGGGGGAAUAUUGACUGUUAAUAAUAAUAAUAUUUAAAAUUUAUAUGGUGCAAAAUACAUACCUGUAUGUAUAUGAUCUAAUGCGCUUUACAAUAAAUGAGAUAAAUACAAUCAAAAGAUAGAUACAAUAUUAAUUUACAAAUACCUAAAACUACGAUUAAUAAAACUAUACCCCAGGGUGCAUUCUGUGUAAAUUGUACGCCGGAUAUACAUCAAAACAAUGUUUUUUACGCCAACGCAAGCUGAGGUUCACGCCAUUACGUUAUGACACCAGUGGCAUCGUCCAACCCCGCCCUCCGAAGAGGCGUGGCCCUGUUCAACCUGUUGACACCCUCUGCUUGAAUUGACACCGUUGUGCAAUUUAGCGCAAACGCCUAUAACAAAAUUACAACAGUAACAAGUCAAUAAAUUACAGUAUGAUCAGAACACUUUUACCAAAUUGAACACUUAUAACUCUUAACAAUAUGCGGAUUCAUCUUUUAAUAAUGUAGUCAUUGAAAAAUUCAUUGAAAAACUUAAGUUUAAUUACAUUUACAGUUAAGAAUAAAACGUCUUUAACAACAACAUUGUUUAAUUUUAAUUGCUAAUCACGGUAAAACUCGUAGCUGUUAUUGUGUUGUACAGCAUCUUUACCACAAAAACGCAUUUCCCUGCAAAUCGACCGUCUAAUUUCACAUAGGAGAGAAUGAAACCAUCAUCCAUACAAUGCUAAUAAAAUGAAUCAACCCGUGCACUAUUGACUGAUGUUCAAUCCACAGCUAGGAAUGGACAAAGUCCACAUUCAGCAUGAACAUGGUCAAUGACUUUCGAACAGUCUUACUUCUUUGCUCGGGAGGAGAAGAAGGAGUUGACACGAUGUGCUUUUAUAUUAUCAUCUCCCUCUAGAUAUAAACGUACGCCUUCUUUAAUUAUCUUUUCACAGUGUUUAAGGGAAGGCAAGCACCAAUUGACCUUCAUUCUCCGUGCAAGGGUAUCGUUAGACUGACCACCGGAUUGCUGUUGGUUGCGCAUGGCAUUGUAAAAACUUUCCGCUGUUGCCUCUGGACCGCCUUUCACCAAAACAAUGUACAAUAGUGCACAUGAUGGAGGCUGUGCAAUAUCAUAGAGGACUUUGUUUGAGUAAAAUGACUUAUAAACACACUUCUCAGACAGUCUCACUUUUCGAACCAUUCCAUUGGAGAAAUGCAUGACAAAGAUCGAUUCAAGAUUGGUUGACUCUUCGGCACGAAUUUCUAGUAAAGAAACACCAUCGAUAAAAGGUGUGCCCACUUCAACAUCCGUAAUGUCAAACAAGUCUGGACAAAUACCAUUCCAUACACCUUCCAAGACUGCUUUCUUCAAUCAGCCCAUGUAGGUGUGUGCUAUACGUGUAUCAAAAUUUAGACCAGAAGCUUGGAUGUGAGAUAACUUCGAAGCUACCUUCAUUACUUCUUUGCACUCCUCGACUCCAUACUCUUCGAUUUACCCUUCCGGCAGGAAGAACGUAAUCUUUCCAUCUUCAGCAGUACCACAGUGAAGCUUAACGAGAUUUGCUGCAUCAAAUACUUCGAGAUUUGACAUCAUUUCGCUGUGUAAAAUAGAGGUAACUCGUUUUUCCAACGAAUCCUUAAGAUCUUUGGCAAAUCUUCUAUGGUCUUCUUUGAUUUCAUGUUGUUAUAUCUGGGUCCAGUGAAAGCGAUCUUCUCCUGAAUCUCUUCCGCCAUCACUUGUAACCAACCAUCCUGGCAAAAGGGUAACACCUCUAAAAACACCACCCGGUUCAAGAUUUCGUUCGACUUCUUUCAGUCUCGGAAACGCUUCAGAAUCUGCGUCGGCAGCUUUCAUCAAUUUUGCACUGACUUUGGGCCACCACAACUUCAACUUCCAAACCGGUGUAUCUAGAGCUUGUGUGUGAACCAUCAAAUCAACAACAGGACUUAAGAUGUCAAGAAGUGCCAAGAGAUCAUGGACAAAAUAUGAUCCCGCUAUCAUGUACUGUCAUUCUUCGUCUUCCGUGCGGUUUGGGUGAAGAAGGUCAAACGCUUUCCAAAAGGAAUCGAAGCUCUUCUCUAUCUUUACCCAUUGCUCAUAUGACGAACUCGCGAACCUUUGGGUGGCAUAGGAUACUGGUCGCCUUUUAUAUAUAGGAUAGGAUACUGGUCAUUUUCAUUGACCAUUUGUAGAAACGCAAAUCCUUUUCCGUUGGAUAGCACAUGGUUAAACACGUUACAUCUUUUAAUGAACUGCCGAAAAAAUUCACCGCUAUCCGUCUUGGCGUCUCGCACGUCAGUUAAGCAAGAUUAAGAAGAUGCGCCGUGUCCCACGUAACAGGCAGAGCAAGAUCAUCUUUAAACCAAGAGCUUCUCGUAGAUGUUUUCUAAACCUGUUAGCUUGAUAAGGCCCAUCUGCUCCAACUCCACAAAGACGAGACAGAAUUUCAGGAGAAAAGUGCUCUGAAAUUGCAUCUAAGAGUUGCCUUGCAAGGGAAUCGUACGUAGCCUCUUUGAAAUCAUCAUAAAUUGCUGGUACUGCCACUGGGAUAGGACACCGUGUACCACUACUGUCCCUGGCGACGAUAAGAACUGCUUGAUUUGUAGUUUUGGAAGGGGUUGCUUUACCAGUAGUUGCCUAAAAAUGGGGAGGAAGUUGUGUGGAAGGAAGAGGAGUAGCAAGCCACGCUCUUAUUUUCUCAUCUAUGACUUUCUCUAGGCAGUACAUGACAUGAUUGAAAUUGUUGCGACCAUGUCCAAUUGUGCCUACGUCAACAGAACAGCUGUCUAAGAAAGAAAUAAGAGUUUCAAAGUGUCUUCCAGCUGCCCCAAGCUUAACAUCAGUAAUUGCGGCUCGAGAGAGGUUUUGGCAUACUGUAGAUUCUCGGUGUAGGUGAUCCUUCCUCUUUCCAUAUUUCAACAUUGCUUUUGCGUGUUUUGUUGAUCCACGUCCAACGAGACAAAGAUGAUCAAAGCAGUAAUUCUUCUGGCGAUACCAAGCUUGGUUAUGACCAGUUAUAAACAGCCGCGAGGUUUCUUUGUUGAUAAAAAUGCCACUUGAGAGGGUGCCAUUCCCUGUUGGAUUUAGCAACUGUUGUGCUCUGAACGGUGUUAGAGAACGAAGUGUCGGUUGGGCAGCCAGGUGAAGCUCACAACAUGGUAAACAUCGCAAGAUAGCACAUUCUGUAAUUUCGUCGUAAAAUCACUCGAGAAGUCGCGUAGCAUCGUUGAGCUCGAUGACGUUGUUCGCUUUUCGUAUUUCUUGGACAGAUUUUCUAACUUCGCUCUCCUCACAAGCUAACUGCUCAAGUGUCCUGUGUUGAUCCGUAAUGGCGUCAACUUUUAGAUUCAACGCAGAAAGCAUGCAUUCAAUGCUAGAACGUGCUUGAGCGGGUGCAUCUUCACCGGAUGUUGAACAUGCACUAUCUGGUAAGGGUUGUUUGAAAUCAAAUGGUGUCGUUUGGGCUGAUUCUUUAAUCUCUUCGGUUGUUUUGCUUGCAUCUUUUACCGACUGAUUUUCUAAUAAUUUAACUUCACUUUUACUUGUGGUUGCAAUUGAACAAACUUUAGACUUUCGUUUGCAAUACUUGUUCCUAAGUGAGGCAGCUGACGGGGAUGAUGCUGGCACAAAUGUGCAUUUUUCUCUGUCGGGUAAUUUAUGCCAUCUGUCUUUGUGUCGUUGGAUGCUAGAAUUAUCUAGUCGACAGAUGCUUGAAGAUCUUUCUUCUUGUUUCCCUUGCGAACACCGUUCCAUGCAUUGUAAACAAACAUGGUUUUCUCUCUGUUUUGGUUGGUCAUCUACUUUUUACUUUUCUGCAACUGGGCCUUGGGGUUUCUGAGAUGUGAAGCUUCCGCAGUCAAAGGUAAGCUGACGUUUCAAGGAUCUUCCUUGUUUUACUUCAUUCAAACCACGUCACCUGCACCUGUGCAAUCAUAAUAUUUAUCGAUAAAGCUGUACGAGUUAUCUUUUUGCAAAAUACUUGCAAUAUUUUAUGUGUUUAUAUUCUAAGUGAACUUUAAGAUUUACAAUAUUUUUUUAGUUGCAUUGUCCAUUGAGAUAUGGCAAAAUUAAUUCUUUAGCCAGAUACCUUCAUCUUUACAAGCAAACAACAUUUUGGCCGUAACCUUCUUCACCAACCGGAUGUCCACAAAUCAAAUGCGCCGACCUUUUACAUUUUGUGCAGCUGUGACCAGCCCCUAUUUCUUUACACACGUGGCAAAGCGCCACAGUUAUUCCAAUCUAAAGUAUCAGUUUUGCAGCAUGUUCACAAACAUUUCAGUAUAAACACGAAACAGGCACAGUACACACUGAGACAUUAGACAUAAGACAUAGUACUUGUAAUUUACUCAUGAAUAUUUAAUUUAUUUUAGCCUGCGAACAGGCCCUGGGUUACGGGCGGUGCGAAGAAUAGAGGGCCUGCACGGAACUAUAGGUUUUCUUGGUAGUGGCGUUCGUAUAGAAACGCAGGCUUCUGAUUGGCUUACACUCGUUGACAAAAUUACUAAAAAUAGCAAAUGUCAACAACAGCAUUUUGAACUUUUAUAUUAUAAGACUAUCGAACAAAAUAAAACUAGGAAUGGAAACUAAAGGAAAAGCAAAGCAUCACAGCAAAAACGUCUAUCAUAAAUGACUUGAAUCUAUCGCUUAAAUCCAAUACACGAAACUAUAAUAGUAUUCUGAACUUCGUCUUCGGAUUGACAUCAGACUAUAGUAUAGUACAUUUUGUAGCCUAUUUUGAGGUCGUCGUGGCUUCACGGAUUAUUCUUACUAGUGAGCAAGUCAGCAAGCGAAGGCAUACAAAAGAUACCCAAAUAUGUACGAAUAAUUAUAUUGUUGAUCCUCGCUGGCAUGUCAUUUAGAUAUAAUUAUAUAUCGUACAUUAAACGUUAUACUAUUUACUGAAUACUGUAUAAACUGCUGACAAUUUCGUCGUCGAUACGGCUUCCACUAUUGGCACACUCGUGAUUUCGAAGAAAUUAAUAAAUACAUGCUCAUUUAUCAUUUAUUUAGACCACAGUUAGUAAAAUUUUAGACGUAUUCGGUAUUCCAAAUCCCAAUCUAUCUGAUCGUAUUUUAGUAAUAGCUUCAAAUAUUCAGAACAUUGUUCUUUCAGUCGCACAUAAGUAUUACUGUACAUUCAAUGCCAAUGGUAGUAUUUUAUUCGGCUUUAUAUUUGUAUGUUUAUUGAUAUCUAUUAUCUUUCUGGAGAAUUCUAUAUUUCCGAGUAAUAAUAUAUAUAUUGUGCGGCCAGCUAAUGCUUCGUAUUAUUGUUCAUAUAAACAUUAUAUUUCUUCGCUGCACAAUGUACACGCCUUGCGUCAAUUUGACAGUUGACAGUUUAUUUAUUGCAGUCGACGCUGAUUGGUUCGCGUUUAGCAGAUGCGAAAAGGGGAUGAUUGAAUAAAACGCAUGGUUCCGUGCAGGCUCACCUUUCUCCCAGUGAGCCUGUUCGCAGGCUAAAUUUAUUUAUACUAUUCAUUAUUGUUUAAUUGAUAUUACGUAUGCAUGUAAAAAGUUUAAAUAACUGUUUAUCACAACGAUUAGUCACUGUUUUCUUACCUCAUCUGAGUCAUCUAACAUUUUCAAAUCGCGUACUUGCCAUACUUGACAGAUUAGUUUACCUCUGGCGAUAUUAAAAAUAAAAUUACGGCAAAAGGCAAAAGAGACGCAGACCUGCCAACUCUCCCUACAUAGCCGGGAGUCUCCCGGUUCUGACCUGUGAUCUCCCGGUAGUGAAAUUUUCUCCCGGUAUUUGCAACUGGCAAUUAUCCUGAUUUCUUGUUGAUCUUAUUGAAUUUUAUUGAGAAAUAUCUACGCUCGGCUUCGUAGGAGACAAGUAAAACUGUAAAGGAGAAAAUUUGGAUUCUGUGACGUUCGGAAAGUCAAAAGUGAAGUAUUUGUUUGUUAAAACACGUCUUCAUGUUGUAUUUUCAGUCCAAGAUAGUGCCCAAUUUAACAUUAGUCAAGAGGCUUCUUGUGCUGUUAAUGUAGCUAAGAGUUUGAACAAGACACUAAUCUGACUGCUCUAAUGAAAAGGGCUUUGAUGAGUUUUCUGCCUCCAAACAGCCAAUUCUCUCGCCAAAUUAAGUGUUUAAUUAAAUAAGAAUUCUCCCUAUAAAUCAGUUGCUGAGAUUGACAGGUCUGGAGACGUGACUAGUUCUGGAAUAGUCAUUAAAGACAAAUAUUGCUGGUGGUGUAAAGACAAAUCUCGUGGUGCAAGGGUUCCAGACUGUACAGGCUCUUGACUUAAUAGCAGUGCUACAUUCACCAAGGAUUUUUCUAAGUAAGCCAUGAGUGCUAUUUGCCUUACUACAUACAGUAUGAUGCCACAAUGUUUGUUCCAGUUCAACUUGUGGUUCAUAGUAAUGCCCAGGUAUUUGUAAGAAGAUCGAUACUCUGGUAAUGAUUUGAUUAUUCAUUACACAUAACCAUAUGUUUCAGGGGCACGUUUAUUUGUAAUUCCUAGGUGGUAGCAUUUUGAGAAAUUGAAAUUUAGUUGCCACUUGUUAGCCCAAUUAUUUAAAUUGUCUAAAUCCUCUUGUAAAGUGACGUGGUGCUGAUCGUUAUUAAUUUCUCUAUAAAUGAUUCCAUCGUCAGCAAACAUAUAUUAAUAUUCUCAGAAAUAUCGUUUAUAUAGAGAAGAAAUAAGACAGGUGCGAGAAUUGUUCCUUGAGGUCCUCCCGAUAUGACAGGUUGAGGGUGAGAGUGGGAGCCAUUAACCGAGACAACUUGAGGGCGGUUGGAAAGAAAAGCCUUGAUCCAAUUGGCGGAAAGUCCUCUAAUACCAUGAUGGUCUAAUUUGGACAUCAGACGAAGAUGUCAGAGGAACGGAAUCACACACUACAUUCUUUAUUUGAGAAAAUUAUCAAGCCAUUUCGGAUUCAAGCAGUGAUUUAAUAACAGUUACCUUAAGAUCUGGCAGAACUGCCACUAUUCACUAGGUUUAUGAAAGACACUCUUCAAAACAUUGCAUAAACUUUUGCCAUAUCUUUAUAAAUUAAAAUUUGCUUCAUAGUUCUGAAAAGACUACCAUGUAUAAAAACAUCUAAUGGUGAAUUAUUCUUUAGCCUACGAUUCGUCAUCGUGUGUCCUGUAAUAAAAUAGAAAGUUAGGGGGGGGGGGGACUUCAGAAUAUAUUUUGCUGUCUUUAGAGGUGGGAGGGGGCUUUGAAAAUCUUAGAUGUCUUUAGAAGGAGGUGUUGUAAAAAAUAUUACCUCGCGAUGUUUCUCUUCAGGCCCCCUCUGUAUAAUAAAUAAUGAACAGUCCCUACGUAACUUUCUUUGUUCCCGGAAAAUUCCUGAAAGUUUUUCGAUGUGUUUCAUUGGCAUUUUUGUAGAAUAAAUACCACAAUACUGUCAAAAUAAUAAGAAGUAGCGCUGGAAAACAGUGCAUUAAUAUAUUUGAAGAAAAACGUUUGAUCAAGUAAUCCAGGUCUCCAUCAAUCAUCAGUGUAAUGAAUGCAUACAGGACAAGAGAUUAAUUAGCACAUCCUCUGACUCUUCGAAAAUUGUGGGAUGUGUCAUGUGUGAUUGCAUAGGCGUACUGGGUUGAUGCUUUCCCUGGGGGUGGGGGGCAGUUGAAAGUUUGCCCGAAUUUGUAUGAAGGAUCAAAUUUUCAUGAUUUGCCAGAAUUUCCAUUUUUGAUUAAACUUUUGGAGGGGCAGUUGCCUCCCCCGUCUCGUACACCUAUGGUAAUUGUGUGAAAUUAAAUCUUCUUGAUUGCAUGCUUCAUUUCAUAAAUUAUGGUUGAAAUUGGAGGUUUAUUGAUUUGAGUAUGUUCUUACUUGAAUGAAUAACCUGAUCGGCUCAAUCUUAGGGAAUGCACCCACCAUACAUGGUCAUGCAGGGGCGUCGUGGAUCCCAUGUUUUAGGGGGGGGGGGGCAAGGGCAGCAUUUUUCCGACAAACACAAUUUUUUUCGACAUAAAUAAUAUAUGAAGUCAUGUUUAAUUAACUAUUGACUAUUCUAUAAACGUAUAUUGGGAAAGUGUAAACUCGAUUUCCGUUAUUUCGUCAAAAUAUUUUUUAUUCAAACAUGUUUCGCAUUGUCAAACACUGACGAAGAGAAGUAAAAUUCCCGCUCGCAUAUGCAGAUACCUGCAGUGCAUUUUUAAAGAAUUCUUCAGUGGUGGGGCAAUACUGCCAAAGGGCCCAUUUUCCUUGCCCUCCCCGCAGGAUAGUAUGCGAUCGCCGAAGGUGUGACCAGAGUACCGCAGGCACGAGUUAGCUAUGGGGGGGUGUUAAAAUUUGGAUCUCUCAAAUGGCAUUUCCUGCAUUCUAAGAACACAUUUUAAAGAAAUCUCAGCCUCUCAAAACAAAGUUUUAAUGGUGCAAUUUGUAAUAAAUUGCAUGCUAAACAUUCAAACACAAUAUAUUUAGUUUAAGUAUGCUCACCAAAAAAUGUUGUUUUUUAAAUUAAACUCAUUUACUCAAUACAGGUCCUAGGGCCCUGGCUUUGGGGCAAUACGCCAUUUUUUUUCUUCAGUGGUAGGACAGAGGAAGGGGCCCAAAAAACCAGUCCAUGGUAUUAAAAAACGCCUUGGAUACCUGCAUAGAUUCCGACAACAUAACAAAUUUCAAUUUUCCAACGGGUCUCAACAAUAGGCCGGGGCAUGGACCCCCUCCCCCCCCCCCGGCCACGGCGCCACUGUGGUCAUGCAUGGCAGACAUGAUGAGAGUUAAUUGCUUGAAAUACCAAUCAAUAUAUCGAAAUACAUAUGAAAAUAUAAUGGUCUGCUUCUUUUUGAAGAAUUUCCUUAGAUUCCUGAAUUUUGCUAGAUUUCCUGCAAUUUUCCUUCAUCCUGAACAUUUCCUUUUGUUAGUAACAUAUCCUGCAAAAAGGAAAUUCCCUGCAAUGUGGAAACACUGUCUCAGAGUAUUAUUUGUAGCUGAGAAACGUUUUUAACAAAUGCGCAUGCUCAGACUAUUAUUUGCAAGCAGUUAUUUGCAGGUAAUUAACCAAGCAAAAUUAAGAAUACUAUAAAGUGAAUGAUAAUUACCUGUGUCAAUUAUUUUCCCACUAUUAAAAUCUAUUUUAUUGUUGUUUGUCCAAGCGUGAUUAGCGAUACUUGAACCACUUUUAUAGAGCUCUGCAUUUCUCCUGUGCUCCUUUCGCCUAGUGUUGAACGCUCUGCCAGUUUCGCCAAUGUAGCUUCAUGAGCAAUCUGCACAGUUGAUCUUGUGACCACGUUAAUCUGCAUCUUCCGGUGAUGGUCUGUCUUUAGCAGAAGGAAAUGACUGUUCUAGGGGCUAUAAAGGUUUCGUUGUGAUUCGGAUGUCAUGGGGUUUUAGGAGACUAGGACUAGAAUCUUUUGAGUGGUUCUGUUAGGCCUUUAAUAUAGGGAAGGACAGCGUAACCAUAGCUUAACUGCUGCUCUACGUGAUCAAAAAACUCUUACCAACUCCUCAGGCUCAGGUGACGACUCAUGCUUUUUCUUGUCUCAUUGCUCGUUUCCUUUCCACCUCUUGCAAGAAUUUCUGGGAGUAUCGAUUUUUGCCUUAUCGGUAGACAAUCGGAAUCGGUAGAAUUAUCUAUAUUUCCCAUUGUCUAAAACCGAUUGUUGAGAAAAUACACUCUUUAAAAAUUAUAUGCAUUGCACGUUGAUACACGUGUUCUAACGCAACAUGUUAAAUUAAUGCGUGAAGCGAGCCAUUUGUUAUCAUAACGGUUUUAACGAUCUUUGGUUGCAGUGACAUGUUACGUUAAAAAAUCGACAUGAAUGACGUCACCUUUACUCGGUCGACUGAUAUGACGUCAUUACAAAAUCGAUAUCUGGCAGAUUGUGACAUGAAUAAUCGGUAAUUUCCGAUUGUUGCACAAUCGGUCAAUCACAUCCAUUUAACAGUAAAGAAGCAUCAGUUAUGUGUUGCGUUUCUGUUGUUUCCCUUCAUUUGUGUUGGGUAAUGUUGCUGGCCUGUGUAGGAGAGUUUAUGCAGUGCUGACUGCUGACUUUGUGCUGUUUGUCGUGGACGCGGUGUGAACAUUGAACUAUAAGUAAACUGGAAGGCUAACUUCUAUGAUGAAGGCCUAUGAUUCGUUGAAGCCGACGCGCGGGAAAAUCAGCUUUCAAAAGGACUAAGGAGAGUUCGAGGAAAAAGUCGGUCAAAAGUUUGUUUUUGAGCAAAAAUUUGCAAGAACAAGUACGAUCGUACUAUAGUGGACCAGGAACUGCGUGACCCAGUUUCGAUCUUGUGCAAAUCGUUAAAUGUUCAAAACCUUCGAGAUUUUGACUUGAUAAACAAAUAACUAGACACUUGUAAAACUAAUAAUUCUCGAAAUUGCAUGGCAGCGUAGACUGAGUUCGCUAAAUGUUUUGCUUUAAUUUGGUCAUGCAAGAUAUACUUUAUCCGGGCAAAAAUAUGUGUCUAGUCAUGCCGUAUAUAAAUUAGUGUAAAUCUGGAAACGGGACUUAUUGUUAAGGUAACAAAUUAUCUGAAUUGUUGCUAUAGGUUAAUGCAGUUCAUUUCGCUUAGUCAUGGCUUCAUAACUGCAUGCUUGUGAUAAAACAAAUUAACAUGUCUUUGUUUUUACGGUUCGCGAUUUUAAUUUCCGGCUAUGACUAUGAAUAUUAUAUAUGAUAGCCAGAUAGGAGUAUAUUACUCCUCUGCGCUUUCAGAAACUAAGCCAGCGUGUUAAAUUAGUCAACUUAAGUCUUAACGCUUAUAAUUAAUCGUUAUAAUUAGUCGUCCACAUUCUUGAGAAGCUUUGGACUAUUGUGAUUGUGUUCACAACGAACAAAAGAAAAGACAAUGUCUUUCUUAUCAUUUGCGUUUGCUGAUAUGUUUGCUGAAUAUUAAUGAUAUGUAUAUAUUAUUUGCUACGAAUACAGUAAAAAAUUGCUUGUAUUUCGCUUCUAAAGUCAAAAAUGAAAAAUCGAACAGCGUCAAUCGAUGCGGAAUAUUGCUUAGAAUAAUUAUGUCAAGUUUCAUUCCGAUCGGACAAGUAAUGAUGGAGCCUUAGGGUUUUUUCAAAGAGCGUCGCCUCCUAACAACAACAACAACAACAACAACAACAACAACAACAACAACAACAACAACAACAACAACAGCAACAGCAACAGCAACAACAACAACAACAACAACAAGAUUAGCAGCGAUUGGGGUCCAAAAACACUUUUCCAUGGAAAUACUACAAUGAUUGGGAUUCAACCCUGGUUUCCCGAUUAGGUCCGACUGUUUUACAUCUCUCUGCAGCACAAAGUGAGGAGUUUUACUUUUGUACUUUGAAAAAAUGAAGAAGUUUGGACGUGCCGAAUGAAACCUUGCUCUUUAACUCGAAAAAAAUUAAUAUACUAUAAAACAUUUUGACAGUCCCAAAACUUAGUUUGUACUAAACGCCAAUCAAAAUGAGCUUCCUACGGCCCUGAACGUUGCAGAGCAUAUAUUUACCAUUUUACCUCAUUGUGAUGGCAGGGGUGGGUAAAAUAAUUAAUUUCUGUCAAAUAUUUAAAAGGCUGCGAUGUUAGCGUGUACAGUGUAAAUAAAGUAGAAUAGUUGUAACUUGUAAGUUGAGUAAACAGAUUAUCUCAAAAUGUUAAAAUAUUUUCUGGAAAAUUUUCUGCAAAUCUCUCAACUCAAAACAAUUUCUGGGAACUAGGUUCCCAGGUUCCGAUACUAAGUUCCCAGGUUCCGAUACUUUUUCCACCCCUGGGCUGUACAUCAAAAUCUAAGUUAGCCUUUCCUCAAUACAAUAAAAUUUAUUUCAGUGUAAUAGCUUUUAUAGUUUUUACCUUACACGAAAUCAAACAGCGCAAUUUUUUUGGGACACCCGGUACUAUAUGUACAUUAUAUAUCAAAAGCUACUGCAAUCCACGAUGGUGUGUCCCAGAUAAAGAUAUGAUUAACUGAAUCCAUGCAGACCCGAUUAUUAACAUAUUAACAAGCGGAAGGUUAUUCGGUUAGAAGAUAAGCACCGCUAUAUUUAAAGCUUCUUUAUAUAAUUGAACAGCUUCUUAAUUAUAAUUGAACAGGAACGAAAACCUUUUAAGUUUUAGUUUCAAACAAAACCGAGUGCAAACGAAUUAUAAUGUAAAGAGAGUCAGUACAAAGUCUAAAAAGGACACGCGAGCAAAACCAACUAGCAAUUUCAAUCUUCAUGAUGCAACCUAUACGGGUAUAGCUUCAUUCCCAUAUAAUUAAAACUGAACAAUUAUCUUUUAUGUACUGUCAGUAGUUCAGAACACAACCUGUGACACAAUCACCAAAAUUGAAACCUUAACUAUAACCUAUUAUUCUUGGGUUCCUACGGCAUUAUGCAGUGAAUAUGACGGGGGUCAACCUCAAAUGUAUUGAUGUUUAUGCUGUAUUGGAGUGAGGAAAUGAUACGAAAUUCCAUGUAUUUCACCAAACACAAGGCUAAUACAUAAAACGAACAAUCGACUCACUCUGAGAACUGUGUUUUGUUUUAGACAAAAACAAAACACAGUUCUCAGAGUGACCCCCGUCACUUUGUGACGUCAUAUGAAACCCAAGAAUAGUGGUUAGCAUUUGACCACUUUCUAUUCUAUUUAUAGGACCAAAUUGUUUGAAUGGCAGGUGCUCUAUAUGGUACCUUUACAGGUGAAUUUUUGGGUGGUAAAUUUUCAAUCACCAUUGGCACUGACAGUGUGGAAAUAGUAGAUCGCCUGACGGAAACUGUGACUACACUAGCUGCUCUUUACGUUGGUUAUAAAUUAUUUAAACCAUUAAUCGAGACUGCAGUUAAAACAGGUCUUGGCGGUGAACGAGAUGACCAAGACGUUAAAGAUAUCAAAGAAGGUUCUUUGCAUGUUCAGUUACAUUGUUUUACAGACGAGAGAUUUCUGGAGGUCUUAACAGAUUAUGAAUCUGGAAUGAUGAAAGACCGCUUGCAGGCAGAAUUUUCGCAGGCUGGAAUUAAAGUCGAAGGACUGAAGGUGGAGAUUGAAAACAUGGUAGAGGUGAAUAAAACAAAGACAUCUAUAUACAGGAGGUAUGACAGAUGUUUUAUGAUCAUGAAUCGGUCUUGAAUUUAUUUAUUAAACAUAUCCAAAAUUCAAGAAAUCCCAGGAUGGGCCAAAGCAAAUAUACCUUUUUCUAGUUCGAAUAUAGUUUGUUUGUUAUCUAUGCAUGAUAUUAUAGUACAAAUUAUAGUACAAUGAACUUGUAGGGGAAAGAGGGUCCGAGGGUAUGCUACCCCGGAAAAUUUAUAAAAUUUAGAUUCGGUAAAGUACCAUUUUCAGCAUUUUGGGAUCUAUCUUAUCAAGAUUUGCUAAUCGUUUGAAAUAGUCAAUUAACAGAUAACAACUCUACUUGAUCAUAAAUCAGUCCAAAACAUUUAAAACACUGCAAGAUAUAAAAUUUACAUUACAACUGAACAAAUGAAAAUAUAAUGCACAUGCUUUGUACUAUAAUAAACAUACAAUAUUCCCUUAUUCUUGAAAAGAGAAAAUGCACACAUUCUGCGAAAACAUUGGCAAGAUUUAUAUAAACCUGCCCGUGCCGAACAAAUUUCGGCGGCAAUCUUUCUUCUCUCCCACUUUGAAUAUUCAUCAAACAAAAUAAAAAAAAAUAAUAAUUAUAAAACAAUUAAAAACGAUUAAUUUUAUUUUAUUUUAUUUAAAUCUUCGUCUGAAAUUUGUUCAAAACGCUUCAUAAUGGCCGCCGGCGAAAACAUCAAUCUCGAAGCCCCCCUCCUAAACAUACGUCGGCAGGUGGAUCCGAGAUUGAACGCACCUCCUCGUAGCCAAUAGGACGCUAAUACGCUAGGUAUGAGUAAUGGUAAAAAUGUUUCCAAAUGGCGGCCUCGCAAUUUUGCUCGGGGGCUGGACUCUCGCCCUCCAGCCCGUCUGGUGUUUACAUCCUAGACCAUACGAUGCACAUCUAGAUUGGGUAUAUUCAACAUUUCAACAGUACAGAAAAAUAGGUACGCUGAGCAUACAUGCGCCCGCUGCGACAAUAGUCAUUAUAACAUGGUGAUCGCUAGAUAGUAUACUUCAGAAUAAGGUUUCCGUUUUUAUAACGUAGAAAAACUAUCGUAACGCAAAACUAAACCCUAACCCUAAUACUAAACCUAACCCCCUAACCUCAACCUAACCCUAACCUAAACCCUAACCUAACCCUAACUUAGGGUUAAUGAUACAUUAUAACAUAGCAUUGUAGAGAAUAUAGAGACCGACGUUAUAGAGACUGACGUUAGCAAAUAUAGGUGGCGUGGACGAGGGUUGAUCGAUAGUUUUAAAUCCGAACACUACAGGAAAGUUGUAAGACUGUUAAUAUUAAUAUAUCUUCAGAAAUAAAUUAUUACAUUGAACGACCGUUGAAAAGUCUACCUAAUCGACCACCAAACGAGACGAAACUGCAAUCGAAAGAAACCCCCGAAACGAGAAAAGAAAACGUGGAGAAUCGUAGUGGCCAAACCCCGCAAACGGAACCCCCAACCAACGGAGGAAAUGAUGAGGAUGAGUGGACAGUGAGGUAUUUUAGAAGAAAUUUGAGACAAAGUAGACCAAGUCGGGCAAUUAACGGGGAGGAACACGGACAAAAUUUACCUGAUGAGGUCCAAGAAGACGUACAACAUUUACCUGACGAAUUACAACAGGAUGGGCCAUUGAGUUCAAUGGAACAGAAUAAUCAGAGAGACGGUAGCGACGAGACAUUACUAGAACCAGUAGAAGGAAACGAGGGACAGUCACAAGCCCCACCGGAAAGGCCAGCGCGAACGAGAAAAAACCCAGCUUGGUUACGGGACUAUGAAUAGCUUUAGCUAUACAUAUAUGUCGGACUGUACUGCAUUUUUGCAGCUUAGUUAUCUACUAAAUUGUACUGCAUUUUUGCAGCUUUGUUAUCUAUUAAAUUUAGAGGGGAAUAGUGUAGAGAAUAUAGAGACCGACGUUAUAGAGACUGACGUUAGCAAAUGUAGGUGGCGUGGACGAGCGUUGAUCGAUAGUUUUAAAUCCGAACACUACAGGAAAGUUGUAAGACUGUUAAUAUUAAUAUAUCUUCAGAAAUAAAUUAUUACAGCAUGAAUAUGACGCGUGCUCUGAUUGGUCGAAACCCCUGUUUGGAUCAGACCAUCCAAACACGGAAAUUUAAAGUGAAAGUUUUUUAAAGUGAAAUUUUAACACGGGAAGUUGUUAUUUUAUAUGCGCUUUUCUUAACUCUCGCAACAUUCCCGCGUGUUUGGAUCAGACCAUCCAAACACGGAAACCAUAAAGUAAUUGUAUAGUCAUUGCCAGCUCUUGAUAACCAGCACAGUCUCUUAAUUUCUGUGAUAUAUAUCGUCAACCUUGCUCAAACCAAUUUUUGACUGCAAUGCGCUCCGCGGUCUAAAAAACAUAAUGUACGUAUUCAAAUUCCCGAUGUUUAAUAUAUACGAUUUUUAUCUUAUAGACAUAGAUUUUCAAUUGAAAAUAUACGUGAUACAGGACCACGAUAUUCACCACAACAAUUGAACUGGUUCAAAUUUGCUUUAAUUGUUCUCGACGAAAUUCCCAAAGCUAUGCGCCAGGUAUUCAAGACGAUGUGGAACAACAAAUUUCCAGCUCAACUUUGGGAUGAUUCGGUUGCUGUGCGUAAUCAGCUUCAUAGGUUAGAGAGACAUUCCGGACAUUCGCCCAAAAUACCAACAGGUAAAUCGUAUGAGGAGUGGGACUGUACUGAAUUAUUUCAAGCCACGAUUUUUGCAUCAACAUUUACAGACCCGGCUACAGGGCAGACCUUAUACGACAAGUAUUUAAGGAGCUCAGUAGCACCGCCAGAUUUAUUUCGUCCUACAGUGACCAGCUCAUCUGGAGUUCAAGAUGAAACGUUUGCUUUAGCUAUUGAUCAACUACGACUCUUACGAAAUGAAAUUGUUCAUUCCUGCAAGACCAACGUUCUUGACAAUGCCACCUUCCAUGUCUACAUUGAGUAUGCAAUGAUGGCAUUCACUGCUCUCUAUUACAACACAAGCAAGACUGAUUAUAUUAAUAAACUGCCAGAAUCUAAGUUUCCCAUUGCCAAUAUUGAUGAGCUGGAGAAAAGAAUCAAAGAAAUGCAAAGUGACAAGAACAGAUUUAGUUAUACUGCAGGGAUUCAAACUGCAUUACUUUUAGCAAUACUUUUAGCAAUAAUAGCAAUUAUUGUUGCCAUUACACAACCUUAA